AUGACUGUGAUCUGCAAGAGAUUCCAGGAUCAUACUCACCUCCACAGACUCACCUUCCAACAGACUCAACCUUUCCACAAGACUCACCUUCCAACAGACUCACCUUCCAACAGACUCACCUUCCAACAGACUCACCUUCCAACAGACUCACCUCCCAACAGACUCACCUCCCAACAGACUCACCUUCCAACAGACUCACCUUCCAACAGACUCACCUUCCAACAGACUCACCUUCCAACAGACUCACCUUCCAACAGACUCACCUUCCAACAGACUCACCUUCCAACAGACUCACCUUCCAACAGACUCACCUUCCAACAGACUCACCUUCCAACAAGACCACCUUCCAACAGACUCACCUUCCAACAGAGACUCACCUUCCAACAGACUCACCUCCAACAGACUCACCUUCCAACAGACUCACCUUCCAACAGACUCACCUUCCAACAGACUCACCUUCCAACAGACUCACCUUCCAACAGACUCACCUUCCAACAGACUCACCUUCCAACAGAGACGCACCUUCCAACUCCUGCCAACACAUACCCAGAACCCAAGAAAUUCAACAGCAAUUCUACUGCAACCUCCGCGAUUGACCAGCUGAUCAAGUCAACAGCCAGAAGAGGCGUGGAGAGUUACGUCAGUAGAUCUUGUAGAACACCCACAGCGCCGCUAUAUCUUUGUGGUGCUGAGACUGAAAGUAGACAAUCUCCUUCCCGGCAGCUCGAGUGCUGCAAUUUUGAUGUCGUUAAUUAUGCUCAGCAAGUCAUAAUGAUCUGCGAAGCUCACUGUCCACAUACUACGUCUGCUGACUGUGCUCUCAGGGAGGUCACUGUGAUGACGAGGUCCGGUGAAAAGCCUGAAAUGUGGGCUGGAAAUCAACAAGGCUGA